GAUUCAGUAGCGGGGCGCGCUUCGCGCUGGAAGGACCGGUGGCGGUUGUUUGUAUAUGUGAUGUAUGUGCGUGCGUGCGUUCGCUCGCUCGACGGCGGCAGGACGUGCGAUGCGCUUCGGCAGGACUGACCGAGUGAUUGAUCGAGGCACACGCACGGCAGCGGUCCAACAUGUCCAUGAAGAAAGAAUCGCCUUGGGACGUGGAGCUGCAUCUGACGGCGGCACGCGGGGACGCCAAGCGUCUUCGCGUUCUAUUGGACUCCGGACGCGUUCACGUUGAUUGCAAAGACAAGGACGGCACGACGCCUUUGAUAUUGGCCGCCGCCGGUGGUCACAUCGACGCGGUGACCGAGCUGCUGCACCAAGGGGCGGACGCCAAUGCCAAAAGACUGACCGGGACAACGGCUUUGUUCUUCUCCGCCCAGGGCGGAUACAUGGACAUCGCGGGCCUGCUUUUGGAGCACGGCGCGAUCGUGGAUUCGUGCAGCAUAGACGGCGGCACGCCGCUCUUCGUCGCAUGCCAGUACGGUCAUCUGGACGUCGUGGAGGGCUUAAUAGAGAGAGGCGCCAGUCCGAACGCUCAUAUGAAGGACGGUGCCACGGCGUUGUUCAUCGCCGCUCAGAACGGUCACCUCCGCAUUCUGGAAGUCCUCCUGGAGCACGGGGCGAAGACGGACGCGACGAGAACGGACGGCGCCACGCCGCUGUGGAUCGCGUCGCAAAUGGGGCACGAUCACGUCGUCAGGAGGCUGCUGAGAGCCGGCGCGAAGGUCGACGCCACGAGACACGACGGCGCAACCCCGCUUUUCAAAGCCGCCCACAAGGGUCACACCGCCGUCAUCGGCGAGCUGCUCAAGUACCGUCCCUCGCUCGGCGUGCUCCCGAAUGGCGAAAGUGCGCUACACGCGGCAGCGUUGACGGGGCACAUGACGGUCGCGAGACAGCUCGUGGGCGCGGGGGCUGAUCCUUUGCUCGUAAAUCAGGAGGGCAUCACGCCGCUUCAGCUGGCCGUCCGACACUCGCAGACGCAGGUCGCCAAUUACCUGAGGGAUAAAGUGAGAGUGCGAACCGCAUCCUGUUAGCGAUAUAUACUUCCUCUCUUCCUGAUGCCACCAUAUCGAGAAUCUCGACUCGUUUGUCGAGCUCAACUCAACGAUGAGACAGUAUUUCUAAGCAGGAUGUCGCGUACAUACACAAAUGGGAUGUCACUUAAAAAAAAAAAAAAAGAGUAGCCUGGCUUUAAAAGUCGAUAGUUUUAUUAACCGAUAAAAGAAUGUUAUAACGUGAAAAGUUAUUUUAUUAUUUUAUUAUAUAUUUUUUUAAGAAUGUUAUGUAGGUAUAUUAAGAAUGCGAAGCAUAAUAUAUAAUCUUAUUAUUGAUAAAAAAAACUCUUGUCGACACUGAAAAUAAAAUUAGGCUAUUCUUUUUCGCGCGUUACUCUAUGUUACAUAAGUGAUAUUAAUGAUCACACUGAGCACGCGAAAGAUGUGACAAUGAAGAUGAAAAUUUAAUUUCACUAGUAGUAAUGAUAGCGGAUACGCGCUAACGAGCGCAAGUGAGUCGAUUAUAUUAAUAGAGACUGUGAGCAGGAAUCCGUCUUUACGAAAGUGAUUUAGGUCUGUUUGUUUACGUCGUUCUUUUUCCCCACCCUUCCAAAGCCAGUUUCCUUUUAAGUGCAGAAAGUAAAUUAAGAAAGCGCGAUUGAAACAGACAGACCCAUUGUUACGUAGUGUAGAUAAUCGUGAUACCAUUCCGUUCUGUUGUAAAUUUUCGGUAAAAAUAUUUUAAUACAGUUUUUCUAUUGUCAGACGUACAAAAUGACGUCCAGAAUAUUGUGAACGUCGAGAAAUAAAAUACAUCUACUUCUUUCUAUUAUAAUCUGCGGUAUGUAACGCAUGUAGGUUUUAUAAACUUCACUUAUACUAGCAGUAAUCUCGUGCAAUUACAUGCAAUGAAAAUCUUAUGUACAUAUAUCAGCAGUCUGUCCACAAAAAAAUUAUACUGGCUAUAGUUAAUGUAAUUAACGGAAAAAGCUAUAUCAGAUAACGAGGAAGUUAUCAAUGGAUUUAUUGACAUUGACGCGCUUAUAAGACUGACUGAUUUGCCUUGAUAUUUAGAUUUCCUUAUUGUGCAGAUUUUUUUUAUCUGUUCUACUAUUAUAAGUGAUGCGCAAAACGAUAAAAAAAAAGAUUACAUUUGUUCAAAAACACAUUUUAUUAAAAUAAGAGUAUCGACGUACACUGGAUUUUUUUUCAAAAUUUAUAAUAAGUGAGCGCGUGAAAUGUCGCAUGUAUUACGUUUUAUUUAUCAAAAAAUGAACUUUUACCGAAAUUAGAAUACACAGCGAUACUUAAACAUUUUACUUUAAACAUAAUAUUUAAAUAUUCUGUAAUAAUUUUAGCUUUAUAGAAAAAUAACGAGUACUCAACCUGUCUUCCUAACAAGCAGCACGGUUCAUUAGGUGUAGUUAUCGUUAUUGUUAACGAAAAAGUGCAAAAAAUUAAUAAAGUGCUCUAUAAAGAAAGCAAGUGACUCCUAAUGUAUAAAAUUACACAUGUUACAAAUAUACUCUGUUACAAAACAA